AUGCAGGGGGCAUGGGUUCCAUCCUUGGUCAGGAAACUAAGAUCCCACAUGCUAUGUGGCCAAAAAAAAAAAAAACAACAACCUGGAGUUUCAGAGAAGGACUCCAAUUGGCUCAGCUCAGGUCAUAUCCUCUUCUUAGUCAGUGGUCCAGAGAACACAGCACGUGACUGGUCCAGCUUGAAUUCAUGUCUCCCUGUUUGUUUUUUUUGUAGAGGGGAAAGGCUAGGAUGCUAUAAAUGGUCAUCUCGUCAGCACCUCUGGUGGGUAGAGGGUGGCGAGGAGCAGUUCCCCAAGGGGCAGAGACAGGGCUGGGCUGUCAGGGCUAGCAGAUGUUUCCUGCCUCCGAAGCCUUCAGUGUUUCGUUCUAAGACUACAGAUGGGGAGAGGCUGAGUUAA